UCCUGAAUGGCUAGAGCUCUGGGGCUAUGCGCCUGAACUGGACCGCGUCAUUACCUUGAGCUAGGGUCCAGGAAGCCAUGCCAGUACCAGAACUAUUUGGAUCUGGGCCCUCUGGAAGAACCCAUGACAUCACUAGGACAGUCCGUUGUUUGGGAAAAUAACUACUUUCACAUGGCAACAGAUCUGGUUGUCAGCGCUCCAGCUGGGGCCCUCACUGUGAACAGAGCAGGGUCACUUGAUAUCUUAGGGUCAUGCUUCCCAAAUCAAGUCCCUUCUUUGGACUCCCUCUUCUAGCCUUUAAGGGCACCUGGACGCACACAAUUUAAGAUUAAAACAAAUCAAGCAAGCAAGCAAACAAAGGAAAAAACAAAAAACAAAACAAAACAAAACAAAACAAAAAAAGAAACAAAGAAACCCAGGUGUGCUGCUUUAUCUACAGCCAAUGUAAUGACAGCAGCUCAAGGCAGCUAGGCCUGCCUCUCUGGAGGAGAACCACCCAGAAAAGGCCUCCUCGCAGUUCAUCCUUUAGGAUUUGCCACAUCUGUCCUGGUUGAAUGCUCCGUGGUGGGCAGUGGGCAGCAGUCUGAGCUCCAUCUGCCUGGCUUAGGACAUCAGAGGGAUCCGACCUUUCAGCCAGACUGGGUCAGUUCUCUGUAGCUGCUAGUAGCAGACUCCGUAGCUGGAGCCUGAGAGGUGCCAGCUGUGCAGAUACAUCCGGGGUGGGGAAGAGCAGGGAAACCUUAAAAGUGCUCCAGGUUCCCCAGCUUGAAAAGGAGGAGCCAUAAGGGCUGCCAUAUUCUCAGGUACUCAACUUGUCAUUAAGGCCUGGAACCAUGAGAAAAGAAGAGACCCGGGGCGGGGGGAGGUCCUAAGAAGACGUGCAGAAUGGUGCAGUGGGUGUCCUUAGAGAAAGGGGGGGGUGUCUUAGAAAGCCUCGGGUGCAGGGCUAGGAGAAGAGAAGCUAACCCUGGGCUACAGGCAGCAAAGUGGAGGCGUGCACGGACCGGAUCGGGCGCCCGCCUCCUCAGGGUCCCCUGUGCCUGCAGAGCGUGCCCUAGCCGCGAGGGGGCGACGGCAGCGAGGGCGGCGCGCGCGAGGCGGGGGAUUCAAGCGCGUUAUAAGGCGCCGACCUGACCAGCCGUGCUCUUUACUGCCGCCGCCGCCGCCAGCAUGGCCUCGACCCGCCGCCCCGUCGGAGCUCGCACGCUGCUCGCCUGCGCCAGCCUACUCGCCGCCAUGGGCCUCGGUGUCCCUGAGUCCGCGGAGCCCGUGGGGACUCAUGCACGCCCGCAGCCGCCCGGGGCCGAGCUGCCCGCCCCGCCAGCCAACAGCCCGCCGGAACCCACCAUUGCGCAUGCACACAGUGUGGAUCCCCGGGAUGCUUGGAUGCUGUUCGUCAAGCAGAGUGACAAGGGGAUCAACAGUAAGAGGAGGAGCAAAGCCAGGAGGCUGAAGCUUGGCCUGCCAGGACCCCCAGGGCCACCAGGUCCUCAGGGCCCCCCAGGCCCCUUUAUCCCAUCUGAGGUUCUGCUGAAGGAGUUCCAGCUGUUGCUGAAAGGCGCAGUACGGCAGCGAGAGAGCCAUCUGGAGCACUGCACCAGGGAUCUCACUACACCAGCCUCGGGUAGCCCUUCCCGUGUCCCAGCCGCCCAGGAGCUUGAUAGCCAGGACCCAGGGGCAUUGUUAGCUCUGCUGGCUGCGACCUUGGCCCAGGGCCCGCGGGCACCACGUGUGGAGGCCGCAUUCCACUGUCGCUUGCGCCGGGAUGUGCAGGUGGAUCGGCGUGCGUUGCACGAGCUUGGGAUCUACUACCUGCCCGAAGUUGAGGGAGCCUUCCACCGGGGCCCAGGCUUGAAUCUGACCAGCGGCCAGUACACCGCACCUGUGGCUGGCUUCUAUGCGCUUGCUGCCACUCUGCACGUGGCACUCACCGAGCAGCCAAGAAAGGGACCAACACGACCCCGGGAUCGUCUGCGCCUGCUGAUCUGCAUCCAGUCUCUCUGCCAGCACAAUGCCUCCCUGGAGACUGUGAUGGGGCUGGAGAACAGCAGCGAGCUCUUCACCAUCUCAGUAAAUGGUGUCCUCUAUCUACAGGCAGGACACUACACUUCUGUCUUCUUGGACAAUGCCAGCGGCUCCUCCCUCACGCUGACACCAGGAUGAAGCUACCACAUCAGAACGCCCUUCUAUAAUCGGACCUGUCCCCAAAUCAGGCUUCCAACAGAGCGACAGGUGCCUGGGGGAGCUGUCCGUGAGCAGGCCUGGCCCGAUUCUCAGUAUGGCUGGUACCCACCCUACCAGGAAGCACUGUGCUGGCCUGGGUCCUGACUCCCUGGCACUCUGAUAAGGACAUGAGGUGGAAACACCCCACCCUUUUCUGGAUUUCAUUUUGUAUCCAGUGGGCACAGACAUGUCAGUGACGUUAUCUUCUACCCUUGAGAAAGCCACAUAAGCACAUAUCUUACCUUCCAACAACUGUGUUACACAGCAACUUAAAAGUAUUUAUUGUGUCAUAUUGCUAGGCAGAAUAUAUUUAUGUAAUGGAUCACACAAAGCCCUAACAAUGAAGGGCAGACCCGAGAAGCAUGACCUCUUUCCAGCUCACUUCACCAAAGACCAUGAGGGGUAAGCUCUGGAAAGCAAGGGAGAAAUGCCUUUAGUCUUGAGACUCCUACUGAAGUAGCAGGAGAGGCUCUUACUAACCAGGAAGGCCACAGUGCCAAGAGUUACCCAGACAGAAGCACUUGGGGACAUGGGUCACAGCCUAUGGGGCACUGAAUGAUUCCUGGGCUGCUAUGAAAUUGCUAAAUUAAACUGUUUAGCUUUCUGAUGA